AUGGUAAAUCGUCAGGUUGGAACCUACACGGUCCCUACUCUGAACAUCUCCAAUUGUGUUAUUGUCACUCUCACCGAUCAAAACUACGUUCUAUGGAAGAAUCAGUUUGAGACUUUCCUAGCCGGUCAAGGUCUGCUUGGGUUCGUCAAUGGAUCCAUCUCUGUUCCUCAAGCUACUGUUACUGUCACUGGAACCAACGGUACUUCAUCAGUAAGGCCAAAUCCGGAAUACCAGAGCGAGUAUCAGAACUGGAGCCGAACUGAUUCCGUUGUCAAGUCUUGGCUGCUAGGCUCUUUUGCUGAAGAUAUACUCAGCAUUGUUCUCAGCUGUACGACGUCCUAUGAGGUAUGGCAUACUCUUGCAAAUCACUUUAAUAGAGUCUCCUCCUCUAGGUUGUUUGAGCUUCAACGAAAGUUGCAGACUAUAGAGAAGAAAGAUAGGACUAUGGCAGUGUAUCUUAGAGAACUUAAGAGUAUCUGUGAUCAACUAGCUUCAGUUGGUAGCCCUGUAACUGAGAAGAUGAAGAUAUUCGCUGCACUAAACGGGUUAGGACGUGAGUAUGAACCAAUCAAAACCACUAUAGAGAAUGCUGUCGACUCUGUUCCUGGUCCUACUCUCGAAGAUGUGGUUCCAAAGCUUACAGAGUUCUCCAGGGUACUAUCAGCCUAA